CCUAUUAAAUUUAAUCAUCUUUUUAUGCUGCUCCUCAAAAUAUUCAGUGGGAGAAUAAGGGUAAAUCCACGGUUUGUCUUUCUAGACUGAUGGACUUUCAUCUAUGGCGAAAAUUGUAGCAAUAUAUUGUUGAUGACAGUAUUUCCAUAACUUAGAAAUCUUUAACAUUAUAAGGAGUAACGUGUAUAUUCUGUUCGAUAUCAGACAGUGAAAUAAAAACACAAGCCAAUUUGUUAUCAGUUUUAAUCAAACAUUUUAUAUGUUUAAACUGUCAAUUACUCGGCUUGUUUAUUUUCAUUAAUAGUCAAAAUGGUUGAAUCAUCAAAGGUUUGUGAAAUCAUCACAGUUAUAUAGCCUUUAUUUCAUAGAAUAAAAAGCUUGGUGUUAUUUCUGCAGAAAGCUGUUACCUAAAGGUAAGUAAAUUAGUCUCUGUAUUAAGCAUAAACUCUAAAAUAAAAUCAAGUAUCUUAUUUUGACUUGCGCAAUGGUUUUGUUGACAAUAAUUAUUACAAUGUGUGCAGCGACCAUACCUCCAUUUCGAGUUGUGUGCGAAAAACUCUACCUACCAAUUGCAUUUUUUGUACUUGGUAUAAUCCCCAUGGGAGUGUUUCUUUUUGCAAAAAACGUCCAAGAACGAUUUCCACUGAAUUAUGUGCUUGUAGUACUUGCGAUCACUUCAACCAUCCUCCCUGCUUUAAUCAUCGUUCUCGCUAUAAUGAUG